GCAGGCGGCGCCCGCGGGCCGCUGACGCGCGCCCCCGCACCAUGACGGGCUCAGCGGCCGGCGCCCAGCGCUGCCCCCACGCCAAGGGCGCCAGAGGCGCGCGGUCCCGGAGCAGCCACGCGCGGCCCGUGCGCCCGGCCACCGGCGGGGGCUCCGAGGAGGAGGACAAAGACGGCGGCGCGCUGUUCCGCGUGAACAAGGGCGGCUUCCCCAUCGACAGCCACACCUGGGAGCGCAUGUGGAUGCACGUGGCCAGGGUGCACCCCCAGGGGGGCGAGGUGGUGGGCGCCAUCCGCAACGCCACCUUCCUGGCAAAGCCUUCCAUCCCACAGGUCCCUGACUACAGGCUGUCCAUGAGCAUUCCCGACUGGCUGCAGGCCGUCCAGAGCUACAUGAAGACGCUGCAAUACAACCACACUGGGACCCAGUUCUUUGAAAUUCGGAAGAUGAGACCUCUGAGCGGGCUGAUGGAGACUGCCCGGGAGAUGACCCGCGAGUCCCUGCCCAUCAAAUGCCUGGAGGCCGUCAUCCUGGCCAUAUACCUGACCAACGGCCAGCCCAGCGUGGAGCGCUUCCCCAUCAGCUUCAAGACCUACUUCUCAGGGAGCCACUUCCACCACGUGGUGCUCGGCAUUUACUGCAACGGCCGCUACGGCUCGCUGGGCAUGAGCCGCAGGGCCGAGCUGAUGGACAAGCCGCUGGCCUUCCGCACGCUCAGCGACCUGGUGUUCGACUUCGAGGACUCCUACCGCAAGUACCUGCACACGCUGAAGAAGGUGAAGGUCGGCCUGUACGUGCCGCACGAGCCGCACAGCUUCCAGCCCAUCGAGUGGAAGCAGCUGGUGCUCAACGUGCCCAAGAUGCUGCGGGCCGACCUGCGCAAGGAGCUGGAGCGGCACGCGCGGGACAUGCGCAUGAAGGUGCGGGUGGGCCCCAGCACCCAGUCUCUAAGCCAAGUGAGAAUCCGGGGCAAGUCCCUCUCCCCCCGGAGGAGGCAGGGCAGCCCCACACGCAGGUCGGGCCGGAGAGACAAGCCGCCGGCGCUGCCCGAGAAGGUGGCCGAGCUCAGCACCCUGAACGAAGUGGGUUACCAGAUCCGCAUUUAG